CUCUCAUCGUAUGGAAGCAAGUGUUGCCUUCCUUAUCCUUUUCUACUAUUGCUCUUUUAAGUCUUCUCCGUCCAACCUUCUGCAUAUAAAGGAUUUGCAGAACCAUUUGAAGUUGUAAAGUUAGUGUUUUUUCUAUUAAAUUUCUCAUCUUCUUCUCUGGGAGAGAGAGAGAGUGGAUGUUUAUUGGGAGGUUGGGGUUGGGAAGUAUAACAAGGGAGUUUGAAGCUGGUUCUAUUGUGGAGAAUGGAGGAUUCUUUCAUCCCACAAAUCAGCCAUGGGAUCAUGGAUGAGCAGGAAGAAGAUCUCGGUUCCUUCUCUUCUUUCGAUGAGGACGACGAGGUGGGGGUGCUGUCGAUGAAUUCAUCGUCGUCGGACUUAAUGGAGGACGCCAACUCCUCUCCUUCUAAUGAUAAUUUGGAGGAGGAAGAUGGAUCUCUCUUUGAGAUGUCCAAUCUCAUUGCCCAGCUUCCCUUGAAGCGAGGGCUAUCAAAGCAUUUCCAAGGGAAAUCGCAGUCAUUCUCAUCUCUGUGCAAUGUGAGGAACUUGGAAGAUCUGGCCAAGCCUGACAGGCCAUACAAAAAGAAGCUGAAAUCUUCAAAGAGCUAUGGAGGAGGAUUAGAUUGCCACAAAGCCCUUUCAUUUGCAAGAGGGUCCCUAAUAAAAAAGCCAUUCAGAGGUUCCUUUUCCUCAUUGGGGCCAAAAAGGCAUAGUUUCUUAAGCAACAACAGGCCUCCCAUUCCUCCACAGAGAUCCUCUGGAAGCCUCUCAAGUCAAGCUCUUUUGUUUGCUUGAUGGAAUUCUAAGAGAAUUUGUCUGCUCAGUCUGAUCUUUUGCUUUAUGAAUUGUGGAGAACAUCUACCUAAACAAUUUGAACUUUUGUACAUAAAAAAUGGGCUAAUAGUUUGUCUGAUUAGUAGUUUUUUUCUCCCUUUCCCUUUUUGCUGAUCCAAAUAUUGGAUCAGUUUUAUAAAAAGUGCUUGGCUUUGCGGGGGAGGAUCAUGGAAGGCUUAUUGUAUAGCUAAUAUGUACCUUUUUUGAAUUUGAUAAAGAUAGAUUUUGUUGAUGAAGCAA